AUGUUCAAGGUCGCCUCGAGAGCGUUUGCCAGACCCACCUGGGCCGCCGCCGCCAUGCCGGUGAGAUCAAUUGCCUCCACCGCCCCUCGCUUCAACACCGUCAACCACAAGCUCAACAAGCAGUCGUUCGUCUACAAGUACGCCGAAGAAGGUCCCAAGGGCGUCAAGUUCACCUCCGAACACGAGUGGAUCGCCCUCUUCAACGACGACUCCGCCUUCGUCGGUAUCACCCAGUACGCCGCCGAAGCCUUGGGUGACGUCACCUUCGUCGAAUUGCCUGAAGUCGGUGACCUCGUCGAAAUCGGCGACGUCAUGGGUUCCGUCGAAUCGGUGAAGUCGUCGUCCGACAUCUACGCCCCCGUCGCCGGUGAGAUCAUCGCCGUCAACGACGACUUGGAUUCGAACCCCGGUGUCCUCAACGUCGACCCCAUGGGCAACGGGUGGAUCGCGCAAAUCAAGCUCUCCAAGCCUGAAGCCGUGGAAGAAGACCCCCUCUUGCUCAGCGAACAACAAUACGAAGAGUCUUUGGAAAACUAA